GAUCUGAGUGGGAGGAAAGCGCGUGCAUCUGCCAGAUGUAGAGCGGUUUUUGGGGGCGGGGUGCAUAAAGGGGUCUGUGGAUAGGCUCGGAUCAAUGAGGCACACAUACAGCUUUAGCAUAGAAACUGCAGGAUAUUUAGACCCGUGCACAGGAGGAGUCCAGGCACAAGUGUGGAGAAGGAGGGCACGUGAGCCGGUAGGGUUUUUAAAUUGAUGUAGCAGAAGCACUAAAGAUGGUGUAGUUAGUCCAAAUCAUGCGUGGAGAAUCGGCUUUUCUUUUCAAAUGAGAGCACUGUUAAUAGUGAGUGUGUGGAAUAGCUGUGAAAUAGCUGUAGUCUGGGCGAAAGUGGGGGUGUAGCUUGUGAGCAUGGUAAUGAGAGAGAGAGAGAGAGGGAGAGAGAGAGAGAGAGGGAGAGGGAGAGGGAGAGACGCGGGUGGACAGUGUGAUGCUGUGUAUUAUCUUCUGUGUAAAUGAGGGUUGUCUUUCCCAGUUCAGGCACCACGGCUUCUCCGCCCUUCCUGCUCGGAUCUGUAGUUUACACGACAACAGCAGGACGCCUCUCGGAUCUCCACUGGACCCAGCGCUGGAUCUCCCACAGCGCUGCUACUGCUGCUUCUGCCUCCGCCGCUGCUGCUGCUGCUGCCUCUGCUGCUCCAUCACCGGCCCCUCAACGCCAAAGGAGGAAGAAGAAGAAGCAGAUCUGAUUUCCUUGCCAUGUGCCGAACGACAUGUAUGUGUUAUUUCAAACGGUGACAGUGUAGGGGAAUGGAGCAGUUGUCAACAAAUUCCUGCAGACGCACCGACGGUGAUACAUUGAAGGCUGUCGUGUAAGGAGAAGACCUUCAUACGCAGCAGCAGCCAAUCCGAAAGACACAUUUUUUUUUCAUUACCAGCGAGACGGACCAGCGGUCAAGUGUCGCCGUCAUGUCAGCCACAACAAUGGGGUAAGUGCGGUUAUUAUCCCACAGGCUGAGUCCCUUAUCACUUCUUUGUGAAUGUAAUCUGCUGCGGAUGAACUUCCCUCACACCACGCAUAAUACCAACACUGACCCAGGUGUAUGCGUAAAAAUGAAUCUUUCAUGGCUCCUGAUGUAUCCAACUAGGUAAGCUGACUAAUAUGUGCGGUUGAGUGGAGAUCUUCUGACGACCUCAAUGUGCUACACACUAAGAAAACCAAUUCAGAGACAUAAAAUGAAGCAAAUAAAUUCCCUUUUUCCCCUUCUGACAAAAUGACACUAAAGGCCCAACAGGCUGACACAAAGAUGCUGGACCAAAAGUUGCUUCAUCAUCAAACUUUUAGGAUUAAAUGUUGGUUGAAUCCGCAGUGUUUCAGAAAGUAAAAGUACCAGUGAUUCCUACAGGGGGGUUUUCUCAAGAGAAGCAGAUUUUUAAUUUCUGAUAUUGCUUGAGAAGAACAAAAGACUGAAUAAAGGUGCUUUUCUUUCUGGGCCCUGUUUCUCAGUGUCAACUCGACUACAUUGUAGACAGUUAUGUAAUUCCGAAAGAAGGCAUGUGCUUCAACAGCAUUUCUUCAUUUCAUUCUCCACAUUGAUCCAAACUCCGAUCUGCUGUACAUUUUGUUCAGUUCGAGGGACAACAUCAUGACAGAAGGAACGAAAUGUUAGCAGCUACACUGCUGCACAGUGCUUCAGUGACAGAAAGUGGCUUCCUGUCUCUAUGGUAGCACAGCGGCUGCUACCUCACACAUCCUCCACAACAUGCAUCCAUCAGUGAUCCGCCUAGUGCGCAGCGCUGCUCAUUUGCAUGUCCCCUAACCCUGAGCUCAGCGGUCCAUUUCCCUUACCAAGCCUGUCGUCCAUUAACAGCUGUCUCCCACUGCUCAUUGUGAUUAAUUGCACAGCAGGAGGUUAACAAUAUGGCACAGGCAUGGUGCGAUUUAGAGGCAUCAGCCAAAACUCCUGCAUUAACUAUUUACAAUACACUGGAGGCCUCCCAGGCGCCCACUCUGCCCUCCUACAGUGUGGGCAGCACAUCAUUCAGCGGUCUCCCACUCAGCUGCAGCUCUCCACUGGGCCCUGCCACACUGGUGACUAACUUACUGUUAUGCAACUGGCUCAAUGACUCAAUUGAUCUACAAUGGAAUAAAUUGUAAACUGGGAUUCAAGCACUCUUCUGCACACAGUGCUUGUCUGAAUAUUUGCAGGUGCAGGUGACAUGAAUGCGUGUAUAACCAUAGGCUUCAGUCUGCUCUGUCUGUGUAACGGUAAAGUCACACAGAUAAAGUCGUAUUUCACCUCCAGCCUGGUGGUUCAAAUCUAAGCCAUUUACAGCGCUAUAGUUGUUUUAGCCCAGAGGAGCACAUUAGAGUUGGACAGUGCUGGAGAUGCCUAUCAACAGUCUCUCUGGUGGGUUUUCACUUCCUUGGGCAAAUACAAUCAAUGCACAGAUGGACUCGUUUCUCUGCCUGUGUCUUUGCGCGUUUGUGUGGGUGUGAGUAAGAAGAGAAAGAGAGAGAUAAUUUGUGUUUACAAGGAAAAUCUCAGGUCAUCUAAGCUUAUUCCAGCAACAUGCAACAGCUGGGAGCUCUUAUUAAUGACCUCUUUCUACCUUAAAUAAGAACUACAUGCCUUCAAGCUCUGCUCAGCUGAAUUAACAAAACGCUCUGGAAUGAAGGACAACUUUCAGACCGAGGCGGGGUGGAGGUGGAGGUAGCGAGGGAGAGUGAGAUAUCCCGAGGUGGACUGUUGAGUAAUACUUCUGUUUCACUGUCAGUGUUUGCACAGAGAAAGGCAGCUGCACAGCCUAAGAUGACAUACUGUGAGCUUAAAACCAAAAUGCAGCCUUUUGGAGUUUAACAUUAGGGAAUAUGCGUGUGUGUCAAUGUGUGUGCCCUCUAAAAACCACUGUUCACAUCUGUGCAUCAAACCCCUUGAGCAAAAGAUGUGCUUUGGACCUCACCUGUUGCCUCUCCUAAAACUACAAAUAUUUGUCUGUGUGGGUUUGUUCAUUUGAAAUAGCCUGUUGGUUCAAUGUUGUCCAAUCAUCAAUAUCCAUGUAAACAUGUAGAUUUGAGAUUUAUGCUAACACGAGUGUGAGGCUUGGUUCACCUUGAUUACAUAACACAGCAAAUAGUGCUUCCUAGCUUAUCAGCAUAUGUUUGUGGGUUCAUUUUUCACCCUUUACAACAAAUUAAACACUUUGAGGGCAUGGUCCAACAGUUUAGGAGAAAAUAGAUUUUAAUGAAACUGUGGUAUCCCGAAUCAGAUGAUUUUUGGCAAGAUAGAAGCUGAUAGCCGUUUACAGAAAUUCUCCUCUAUUGUACUAAAGUAGACUCUAACAUUUCUUCCAACCAUUUAAUUUGUUUCUGAAGUCUUUAUGCUGGCCCUUUAAACCAAAACCCACCUCACAGCUCAUCUGUCUGUGUAUCAGUCCUCCUGUACAGCAACUUUGUCAAAAUGCUGUCCUACUCUGUCAAAACCAACAUUAGAGUGAUGGCUGCAAUUAAACAUCAAAUAAAUCCUAAAAAUCUGGCAUUCAAGAGCCACUUUGAAAAAUGACGAAUCAAGAUGCAAUUCAUAGUCAAAAUAAUGUCUGGUGUUACAGAACAAUGAACUCCGAAUUACGGCUAUUUGCGGUGAUAUCAAGUAAAGAAGUCUAUCAAUAAUGUUUAUGAUAAAUCAAUAGUAUUUCAGAAGAUAUAAUAAAAUGAUUAGGUGUUACCAAUUGCUCAAAACAAUAACCCAAAAAGUCUGUCAUUGUGUUUGUUUUCUAAAAUUGGUGUUUCAUCCAUAUCAUCCACAUCAUCAUCAUCAUCAUCAACUUCAUCAACAUCAUCCCACAGAAGUUAACCAAAAGUCUCUCAGACCCACAGCCCACACAUGCUCCUCUCUGACACUUAACCAGCUCUUCCCUUAAAAACUCUGGUGAUGUUCCUGAAAGUUCAGAUUUGAGCUGCACAGCCAAAGUUCACAUAAUUGUUUAUACCACACUCUGAAGCAGUUUAGAGCCUCCCACUCCCCUCAUCUAUUCCUCAGCGCUCUCGAUCUCACCAACAUUCAUCACCUCCUCCAUGUUCUCCUCAUGUCUCCUUUCUUCUCUCACUUCAUCGCCCUCCCCCCCUAUCUUCCUCCCUCUCUCCUUCAUUCUGCACGCCAUCUCUCUCUCUCUGUUUUAACAUUCACGUUCCAUCACCUGCCCUUGUGUCACACACUGCCCUCUGCAUGCUAAACACCACCUUCUUCACCCCAGCUUCUUCUCAUUCAACUUAGACGAUCCCUGUCCUUUCCUCCUUUCUGUACAUUGUUUCCUCUCCAUUUUCCUCUCACAAUGACCGUGUCUCAUCAUUGGGUGGAUACUUUUUUCAGUCACAUUCAUGCAUGCACUGUUUCCAUGCAUCAGUGGUCAAGGAGAUCACAUCGUGAAGCUUUUCUAACCCACAGCCCUCAUGAUAUUGUAAAAGUUCUUUGGUGAUUGAGGCAGUAGGAUGGAUCAGAAUCAUAGCAUGAACAAGUUGAUGCGACUGUUUUUAAGGGAAGAAAAAUUCACAUAUAAUGACCGUUGGACAUAUUUUGUAGAAAGCAUCAUUUAUUUAUAAUCCUUUCAUUUAUCAUGCUGUCUUUAAAAGUUCAGUUGUAGGAGUACAUAUUGCCUUUUUUUCAAUAACUGGUGGGUGUCUUUUUGGAACUCAAUUCUUUGGCUCGAGCGCUCAUGUAAGAAUCAAAGCACAAGAUCAGUGCUGCAUUUGGUACAAACACAAUCAAGCAACAAGAAGUAGAAGAAUUUGCAACCGCUCCAUCAAAUUAUGCAAUGGAGAAAGAUGCCUGUUGCCAAGUGGCUAUUGCACAGAUCAUACGGACAGGCUUAGAAAGUGUGAUGUGUGCUGGGAGAGAGCUGAAAUGACUCACAGUUCUGCCACUUACACUGCUGUCGAUGAUUAUGAUAAUUCCUGCACAGUACUCUACAAGCAGCUUUGUGAAGCAACAUUAAUCAUCCCAAAUUCACUCUCUGACUUCCUAUACUCUAUACACAUUCCCCAUCAUUCUCUUUCUCUUCCUGUCUAACUUUCCUCACUCCUUCUCCGUCUCCCCUUGUCUCCAUGUUUUUCUUUCUUUCCCAGUCUUGGCUAAUCACACACAGGAGGGUUGCUGCUGCUGAAUUUUAAUAUUCAUUUAUACAGCAAGCCUUUGAUGUCCCCCAUCACCCCCUCAGUGCAGUGUAAGCACUUCUCUAUCUCCUGCUCUGCCAGCACUGCUAGCCCAGAAUAUCUCCCUCUGCACCCUGCACUCAAAGUGUGUGAGUGUACUGACUGUAGAUAUUACCCAAGAAGCCCCGACAAUGCUGGAAUAUAUGAGGGUGUUGUAGGAGCAAAGUGAAGGGUCGGAGUGAACGGCCAAAGAGUUAAAGUUGGGCGUGCAUAAAAGAUGAUCAAGUAACAACAAUGACUGAUUGAUGAAGACCAGUAUGAGAUGAAGUGAAUCUUUUUGUCAGUUUUAGUGGGACACAAAGGUCGAUAAGGAAUACAGCCGUCUGGAACUGAGCCAAUCAUGGGCUGUAGUUAUUUACAGUACAUUCAAACCACGCAAGACAACUCCACACAUCCUGUAACACAGGUUUACUGACAAAUUCCAGCACAUCUGCGCUUAUACAUAUAUGCACAUGCAUUAUGUUAGCCUGUGUGGAAAGUGCAGCUCUGUGGGGUGUGUCUUUGCUGGUUAACCAUGGCCUACUGUCUAUAUUUAGCCUUAAACCCCCCCUGUGCUCCCUAGCAUGACCCUCACACAGUGCUGCAGGCAUUCCCAUAUCAGAGCAGGGAGAGACAGGCUGCCUUACUCAAAGAGAGACAAAGAGAAAGAGAGAGAGUUACAGUCAUUUAGCUGCAUUUAGUGUUUAAGUUUGUAAGUUGAGAGGAAACGCAUUAAAGAAAGUUUUGGACUCAGCUUUUUGAGGAAACUCCCAAAGUUUGAAGGAUCAGUUCCUAUUCAAGACAUGUAGUAGUUAUUUGACCGGCUUUCUUUCUAUGCUGUAACUAUGGAGGAUGGCGAGUUGGUGAUUCGGUUGUCAGGGCGAUCUGACUCCCCCGUUGGGAACAGGAGGUUCAGCGCUGGUGCUGGUUUUGGCGAGACGUUGGUGUUGCGGCACAAAGAAGUUCACAACUUCUUCUUCGUCCCCUUUAGGGAGCAGCCCAUCUACAGCACCCGGGCCCACGUCUUCCAGAUCGACCCCAACACCAAGAAGAACUGGUUGCCCACCAGCAAGCAUGCUGUCACAGUCUCGUACUUCUACGACAGCACACGCAACGUGUACCGCAUCAUCAGCCUGGAUGGCACCAAGGUGAGUGUUACUGUACACCUUGAACACAGAUUUCCCUUCUACUAACUUAAAGUUCUUCAUUUUCCACCAAGUCCUUUCAGUACGCUGUCAAACAGCUGUCCAGGAGAUUUUAGAGGCACCCUGAUACACUUACUGUUAAUGGUGUUCAUAAGCUCUACAUUGGAAUCAAAUGUGCAAACACAUCUUAAAAGAGCUCAGGAUGUCAGCCAGUCGCAGGACUGACAACUCAUGUUUCAUUCUGUGUUUGCAGGCAACCACAGUGUUUGUGUGCACAUGUAUGUGUGUAUUCUAGUGUCUGUCUGCACUUAUGAGUCCACGCUUUAUGUCGGGAUAUAUUUGUUAGUGAUCUGGGCGGGAUAUUUCGACACACACACUUGCCACCAGUUAUAGAGAGCAAGGGUGGGAUACAGUUAAAUGAGAGAAACAGAUGACAGACUGACAGGAAUGUGUGGUAGCCCUGAAAACAAGAGCAGAAAAAAAGAGAAACCAGGUGAGGGCGGCUAAGUGUGGAGGGCUGGAAGAAGCUAAGCGAUGUAAGAGAGUAUGUGUGACUGUCAAGUUAGCAACCAUCUAAUAUCAUAGCUGUCUGAUCACUAAAUUCAGCUAUUGUGUAACACGCACAUGCACAGACCGCUCACUGAUUAUGUAUUGAUGUUGACAAGAAUGCCAACCAUUACACAACAAUGUAAAUUGAUCAGACAUUAAUUUGCUCUCCAUUAGUGUUAUUUAACAAAGUGAAUUAUAUAAGACUGAGAGGUAGCAUUUUAUCUUUGUCCGUUUCAAAAAGAAGGACAAAUUCAAAUGAAUUAUCAAAAACAACUAGAAGACAAAAACCAACAGUACAGUCAGUCAAAUCCUUUAUGAACCUUUUAGUUUCUUCACCAAGAUCAACUUUACUAGUUCCUAAUGCAGUUUUUUACAAAUUGUUAAUUACUGUAUUUUAUUAUUUGUUUUUAUUACAUUAAUUUAUUUCGAUCAUGUAAACAACAACUUCAAAACAGUUCAGAAAUAAAAAUGAGUGAAAAUCAAGAAAUGAAAACAAACAGUUACUUGCAUCUGCAAACUUUUAAGCCUCUUAGUUUAUAUGAGUGAAAAGGAGAAGAAGAAGAUGCUGGUGUAAUAAUGUAAUGUGGCGCAGGUAAUACUUGUUCACAGCACCGAUUAGUUUUGUUUUGGUCUUACCUAGGAAAAAUGUAAAAUUUUGCCUGAUUCACCUGAUUUCGACACUCACCAACUUUCAGAGUUUACAGUUGUUUCUUUCAAACAAACAUUUCUAUCCAUGACUGUCUUGUUGCUCUUUGUGUGUAUGUAGUAGUACAUGAUCAUGCUCGCGUGCAUUGCUCUCUGUCUUAUUGAUGGUGGAUGACUGAAUCUGUGACUGAAAGCUUUCAAAGUGAAACUCAGCAGCUCUCUGUUAUUGGAACAAGCAUAAAAUACAAAGUGCUGGUGUGUUUGAGCACGCAUUACUUCAGAUCAGUUACCGUGUUAUUUUUCUCAUCUCUUGCGUGUGAAUACAAACACACAAAAAGUGCAUUUUUUGGACUAUUGCCUUUAUCCAGAUGAUUGGACAGAUGAUAGAGUGGCAAGCUGGAAAAAUAGAGUGGGGCAUGGCGUGUGGCCAGAGACCAUGGGUCGGAUUCGAAUCUGGGCUUCUCUUUUUAAGGACUGUAGCAGCAGAGCAUAGAGUGCACAACAUAACCACUGAGCUAAAACAGCAACAACUUAAAAAAUAGUGUUUAUUUUUUGGGGUUUUUAAUAAACCACGAGUGCAUUCUAAAAUUGCAGCCUCUGCAGGUGAAGCCUGAAGUAAUGUAUUCAAAGACAGAAUAGCCUAAAAUAGUGCAUAUGGUAAAGAAGGUAACUCACACUUAAAGUGAAGGACAUUUUUGGCUUAAAGAAUAAUGGUGUUGUGAGUCAUUUUUCUAUUAUUGAACUCAGUGAAUAAUCGGCUAAUUGUACUGGCACAACAGCAGUACUUGAUGGACAAACUCAUGACCGGACUGUUACAAACUGUUAAGAUAAGGAUGUCUCCAAACUUAAUAUUAUUUUCUCGUUACUUGUGGUCUCAAAGAUAUUUAUUUAGACAUAAAAAGUGCACGCUGCAAUGAUGCUUAUGUAUAAUUUUGUUUGUGUUUAUUGCUGUGUGUCUGUCCUGAAGGCAAUAAUCAACAGCACCAUCAGUCCCAAUAUGACGUUCACAAAGACUUCACAGAAGUUUGGCCAGUGGGCGGACAGUCGAGCCAAUACUGUAUAUGGCCUGGGAUUCUCCACUGAGCAUCAUCUCGCCAAGGUACCACCCCCACCCAACCCACACACACACACACACACACACACACACACAAACCACAAACGCUACAAACCUCUUGGCAUCAAUCACACUUUUCUUACCCUUCCCAGGUGCUUGAGAGUGCAUGGUAUUUCCACUUUUUCUUGUUGCUAUAGCUUUUCUCAGAGUGUAGAAUGUGCCCAGCAGUAAGCCCUAAUGAGCCUUUUUUCUCUGCAUGUGUCUGUGUGUGCUGUUAUGAGUGGUAUAUACUGUGUGUUCACUUGGGUGUGUAUGUGUGUGCAAGUAGGAGCUGGUUUCUCUCCUCUGCGGUAUGAUUAAGCUCUGACUUGUACUGGGGAGGCUCACAGCAUCAGUCAGAAGAGCACAUGCACACACACCCUGCAUCUACACACAAACACACAUACCUGUUUUUAACAUUUUGUGAGGACAAUGUUCUCUAAAUUUCUUGAGUGGACGACAAUUUAUAUUAUAACUGGAAUGGUGUCAAGGGCUAAAGGCGCUCACCCAGGCAUUUUAUUUGUUAAGAAUUCACAAAAUGUACUCACAAGCAAAAACGUUUUCAGGAAAAGGCUGUUGAUAAAGAGUUGGUCCUCACAAGUAUAUUAAAACACACACACACACUUACACAAUCCCCAUAAACAGGCCUCAGCUUCAGGAUAAACACUUGUGUUGUUUUUUGACUUUGGCAGUCACACAUAGAUGAUGGGUGUGUUAGUGAUUAAAGGGACAGUUCAAUAAUUUUACAUUACACUAGUACAGUUUGGGCUAUAUUAACAAAUCACUGUCUCUCCUGGCUUCAGCAUGACCAAAGUAACCAUGAAGGUGUCAUCAGGGUAGUUUUAGUAAUGCCUUGGUGUUUGGGACCUACCAGAAUAUCUCAGCGUCAGCGGCAGUUUUUGACUGUAAAGUUAUUAAAUCUGUUUUUCAUAAGAAUGUGAAAGUGCAAAAGAAUCAGUGGUAACUAGAUGGAUUGUAAAGCUACACAACACAAGUCUGGUUAUGUGGAUUAUGAUCAAGCGAUAUAAGGCGUAGAGGUUGAUCAGAAUCUACACUCAAAGCUUUUCAUUUAAUGCAAGUCAUUUUUUUGUUUUUUAAAGUUUGUAUGACUCUUUGAUUCCAUUUAACUUUAGUUUUGUGUUUUUACUCUGCACAUAUAAAAUUAGUUCUCAGGUAAAAAUAGACUUUAACAAUUAAAAAAAAAACUUCUACUGACACAUCUCGGGUAAUUUUCAUCUUAUGCCGGAUUUGCUAUAAAACUUACAUUAAUUGUCAGUAAAAGGGAAAUCAAUGGCCACAAACAUUCAGAUGAGAAAAGUCCGCCCAUUCUCAAUUUCAAACGGUAAUCAUGUGCAUUUGAUUCUGACUGAUUUAAGGUAUUUACGGUGUAUCAAUUUGCAGUUUUUACAGACACCUACCAGCCUACAGGAUGUAUUUCCUGAAGAUUCAAGUUGAAAUAAUUUGAUUCACUUCUCAGAUAACUGCAGAGCAAACACUCUUGGAGCACUUAGACUGGGAACUACUGAAUUUAGAUCACUGUUCCAAGAACUAUCAUAUUGCACUGAAGUGAAAUGAUAUUGAGUUACUUGUUUCAGCUCCACUAAUGCCAGGCACAAGACCGACUCUAGCAGAGUUGUCAAUUUGAUUUCUUCACCGCUCAGCCCACUGCAGCUUUGAAGAUAGCAAAUAACUCUGUAACGCUGUGGGAGCAGUGUUGGUGAUGAACCCCACCCUAAAGGGACAUUGGGGGUAUAUGCGUGUGUGCAAGUGUCAGUGUGUUUAUAUUUGUUCAAAGCCCCUUAGCUAAGCUCUCCUUACUGCCUCAGACUCCCUGCAUGUAUCUUUACUCUCGACUAAAAUAACCCCAGAUCAACUCCAGCCGCUGGCAACUUCUGAGUAAAGGCAAAUCAGGACUCCGCAACACAAUGAAACAGUCUGCUGUAUGUGUGACUGUCUGUGUGCAUGUACAUCUAGUGUAGGCAUGUUACUAAUGGUGACCUAGUUAGCUCAUGUUUCUGCUAAAGCAUUAUGGGUAAGGGCUCUUUCCCCAAGUUCAAUAGCAGGUUGUUAUUAGCAACAGCUUCCCCCAUUCCUUCCCGUGGCUUUACAGCCAACCUAUUACACACUGAUCCAUUUCUGUGUGUGUGUGUGUGUGUGUGUGUGUGUGUGUGUGUGUGUGUGUGUGUGUGUGUGUCCAUGUAUAUAGGCUUUACUGCACAGAUUAAUCCCCUUUGUAAGAAUUUCACUCCAUACUGAUGGCUGUUCCCUGUGUUCAGUUUGCAGAGAAGUUUGCAGAGUAUAAAGAGGCGGCACGGCUAGCCAAAGAGAAGAGUCAAGAAAAGAUGGAGAUGGCCACGUCACCAUCUCAGGUAUGUUCAUGAUCCUUACCUCUCCCCUAUCCUUAUUAUCACCCUUAACCCUUUUUAUAGUCAUAUUGACGUAAUAUGUACAAUGAACAUCUGGUAAAGGGGUCAACCAAACAGAGACUUUACCCAUUGGUGUUUUUAGGAUUACAUUUAUUUGGAGGUGUAAAUCUGAAAAAGAGAACAACAUGCAGAAAUGGAAGUCCAACAUAAUCUGGCAAAGGAACUGCCAAAGGAAAUUAGCCUCCUGGCUCCCUCAAGUAUAUUUACUUUUGCCUAAAUGUUGAUUAAAUCAGUGAAUCAAUUAAAAUUCUAAUAUGACUUUAAAGUUGAAAGUGCUUUGAAAAUGAUCAAUAAAGAGAGAAGUAUAUUAAUAUUAAUAUACUUGUAUAUUAGUAUAUUACUUUAAACAUUUUUAAAUGUACUCUAAAGAAUUCAGUAAUUUUAAGUAAAAAUUGAGUGGUAAUAUCUACAAAAUGUAGUUAAAGAAUGUAAAUUCAAACUUAGUAGCUCCUGUCAUUUCUGUAAUAUUCAAUUUUAGGCUACUUAGCUUUGAUAUAUAAUAAUGUUCAAAUUAGGAUGCAACAUUUUUCAAUAAUAGCGAUUAAGAGAAGCCAAUUGUCAGAACUAUUUAUCUCAAUUUAUCGCGAAUAUAUAUCUCAAUCCGGUCUUACCCAACCCUGAGUUUUUCUCCUGUGAAGGCUCAAAAUAUUAGUAAAGUAUGAUCAGCUAAUAAGUAGGAAGGGCAAAGGUCUUGUUGGUGUGUUUCCAAUAUAUAAUAAUCAGAAAUAUGGGGCAAGGGUUUCAGGUUAGACCUUGCCUUUCAUCGGGGUUCACUAUCCCAAAUCACUACUCUGAUUAAGGCAUGUAUAUUUGCUUAAAUCUAAUUUAAUCACAUUUUUUUGUUAAAAAACUCUUAUUAUCAUCAUCUGUUGAAUGUUGAAUGAAAUAGUUAUACAGCAAACACCUUGAAAUCACGCUCCUUAGCAAAACUUGAGUAAGAGCACUUUGAAGUUUAGAGUAAUCCAGCUCCAUAAGAAGACUUUACAGUGAGGUUAAACAUUACAGUCCUCACAUAAUACGCUCCAAUUUGUUAUAGUCACCCGAUAUGUAGUAACUCAACACAUAAAGAGAAAAAAGACAUGACUAGGAGAGCACAAUUAGACUGUAAAGUAGGUGGUUUGUGAGUAAUUCAUAGUAGGUGUUUGUUUGAGUGUUUCAGGACUUGUGAAGGGGAGGAUAGUGGUUUGUUCCAGAGGCAAAUCUCUGGAGAAAUCUGUUCCUUUAUCUUAAGGCUGUUAACAGGCUCCAUGUCCUUGUCUCUUCAUUAUGGAUGCUAGUGGAGUGCCUCCCUGCUGUACUGCACUCUAAUACUUGUCCACUAAUGUUGGGCCCACAUGGGCUGAAAUGCUACAGUACCUUGUGCCUCCCAUGGGAGGUUGUUUUUUAAUGAAGCCAAAUGGACAGCUGGGCUCUCAUCAGGGGUUGAAGGCUGCAUGUGCACAGGUCACCACCACACUGAAGUGACAAAACAGGAAGAGUCACCGCAUCAGUAAAGACUGCAGCCUUCCUGCUCCAGGCCUGCAGCAGUCCACUACCUCUAAAUCUACCUGCUCUGAUUCUUCACUGAUUGUUGCAAUAAUACCUUCUUGCUUUCUGUCCAACCUUCAGAUUCUUUGUUUUCUCUUUCCAAAUAAACUUAAAACUUAAAAAAAUAUGUAAUUCUUCUUCAAACAGGGAAAUAGAGCAAUGUGCUGGUCCCAUCAUGCACCGCCCCAGUGCGAGUGCUCCAUGAACAGAUUUCAAAUGCUAUACUAAUGAAUUCAGAGCACAAAAAUAUAACGCCAUCCAUAAUCUUCCUCUUAUCGCUCACUUCCUUCUCGUCCAUUAGCGACGCACAGGCAGUGUCAUUGUUCGACUGUAUUGUGCUGAAGCCCUGACUCUUAAUAGCUUUGUUUUAUGUACGAGCAGCAGCUAAAUGAUUUGUCCCUCGUAUAAUUCUGUGGUUGUAUGGGAUAUAAAGAUAAGCAUAAUCUCUAAUUCCCAGAGCUCAAAUAAGCUAUUUAUUGGCCUUUGGGCAUGUGGAGCCACUCAGUACAGGUUCAAGUUUUAACCUCACAGUCAGAGAUCUCUGAGUGUGAGAGGCAGCACCUCCACCAACAUACACCUGGACAGUUCCUCAGUUUAGUUCCUUACAGGAGAGGUGUAUGGAUGUCCUGUCUUUUUUUUUAUAAGAGGUUCUUAGAUAACUUUACUCUUACAUAAAUUAAAAAUCUCUCUUAAAAGAUUAGUAUUCAUUUUGUUGAUACUUAUUAGGUGCAUUUUGUAAGUUGUGAACCUUUAGCUUUGUCAAGUUAAAAAAAAAGCCAAACUUUCUUGUCCCUGUUUGUCAAAUAAAAGUAUUUUCUCAAUCUUUCUUGCUUCUGCAAAUGAUCACAAAUCAGAGAACACUAAACGCUGGACUGUGGAGAUUUUAAAAAAAAAACAAGAAAGGCAUCAAAGUAAAAAAUUACUUGGGAAAAAUUAUGGACUGGUUUACAUAAUAGUUACAGCCCAUGAGUGCCAAACGGUUUUUCUCAGUCUCUUCAGCUGUCUGUCUCUGUUCACAAAUAUCAAGUUUUCCAAACGAAUCACUGUCUCUGCUUGUUGUAUAUUUAAUGAGCCAUUUACUUUAUGCCUGAGGCUGUGUCUCUGAAAAAGCAACCAGAUGUUUCAACAACUUAUAAAAGAAGUAGAUAUGAAAUUACAAUGUGUAGUAUUUAACGACAUUAAGCAGAACAAACUGGUUAGAAAUGGAAAUAGAAUAUGUAUAAGUCUACAUAAAUAAUUACUUGAAGACGGUGCGGAUCAGAACUGUACAUGAUGCCCAUUUACUUUGGAAAUAAACGCUGCCAUGCACAGGACGCGUCUUUAUGUUGCUAUGGCGAUGGAUCUUUCCAUUUUCCAGUGGAGUGAGGAGGGCAUCCCAUACCCGCCCCUCUUGUUUAUACCCUCCCAUUUCAAUUGAGGCGCACUCCACAGCUGUGAGUGAAACUUCAUUACGAGUGACACUCGGCAGUGAAGGGCGAGUGAGUAGGGGGCGGUUUGGGAUUGGGCCUCUGACUGUUUCAUAUUGCCAGAUAUUUCCAUUUCUCCACACUGUCCCUUUAAAGUUUUUUUUUCAUACUGUGGGUUAAACAAUGUUGUUUUCUAUGUACAGUAGAGCAUCAUAGCGUACAGUAGAGCCUUUCUAUUCAUGAUAAUUUCUUGUAUUCCACAUGUAGGAGUCUCCAGCUGGUGAGCUGUCAUCACCUUUGACCCCUGUAACUCCGCCCAUGGAAAACAUCAAUGGUACAGAUGAAAUCUGUGACACAACCCCAAACUCAGACACCUCUCCAGGUCCAGCACAGAACGCGCUGGCAUUCGCACACAGGUACAUCCCACAAAUUAUCAUCUCAUGUCCUCAUGUUUGCUAGGCUGAAGCCCAGAUGUUUCAGCCGCACGUUGAAAAAAAAACUGUCACAGAUGUAUUUCACACAAACUACACAAAAAAUACCUGGAUGCAAAAAAUGAACCCUCUGAUUAUGUGUUUGUCUGAAGCUCAGAAAUAUGCACCUCUCCUCUUCUUCUUCUUCUUCUUCCUUUCAGUAUGCUUGCACCUCUCUAUGUUGCAUUUUAGCAUGGUAGUGAACUCCCUCUAUUCACUGCUGCUCUCGUGUUUUUCCUCCCUAGGGAGCAGUUUAAGACUUGUCGGGUCUGCUCCUUCUGAUAGUGAUGUCAUUACAAGUCCUGACUACUGCAACAUCAUAACAAAACAAAAAAUUAUGCUGAGGCACAAGCCUUCCCCACAAUAAGACCCUGCAACAGGGAAGGUGUCCUCAACAACAACAACAACAACAACAACAAACAGAUACACUGCCUGUGUACUAAUUGCUUAAGAUAAUGUAAAAGUAAAGACCAUUCACAUUAUCCUGCAGACAGUUUUUACUUCCAUCACUCUCAGGUCGACAAAGCUCAAAUGCUGUCAUGAUGCUGAACUGCUCAUUUCAUGAAAACAGCAUUUUUAGCCUUGAGACGUUUGAGUUAGAGGAGUCUGAUGUAUGAUUAUCAUCUCAUCUGUUCUUGGUAGAUCAGCAGCUGAAAAAAUAGAUAUUGAGGUUACCUCUGGCAUUUCAGUCAAGGCAAUACAGACAAACUAACUAUAGCUACCGUUUGAUAACUACUAAUGCUGGUUUUAACCUCUAUCCAGUAAACAUCACUAUAUUGGAAAAGUGUGAAUUACUAGCUUAUAUUGUUAUCCCUAGCCCUUUAAUGCCUGAAACCACAAAUUAUGGUCAGAAAAUUCAAAUUUUUUUGGAGCUGAAAUGUUUAUUUCACUUACUACUGAAAACCAAAAAAAUCAGAGUAUCCUUAAAAUGUAACAAACAUAUUUAUUUGUCUCGUUUGAUACGUUAGAUGUUUUUGGAACCCACAAGAGGACAUUUUUAUCAUUCAUCGGUCUGCAUUAAGGUGUUUUUUUUAGUAAUUUGUUGAUCAUAUUGAUUUGAUAGAAGUAUCAUAAAAGUAUGUAUCAAAUAUGAUACAAAAGGCAUUAAAGGGCUAGAUGUGGUUCAAUUCUAACAUUAGUUGACUUGGCUUCAAUAUCCGUAAGAGUGUAUAUACAUGUUUUAAAUGACCUUUUAGCUCACAAUAGCCUGGUCAUCAAAACUUUAAUGGGGUAAAUAACCAUUUCCUGGAAAACAAUUGUCAGUCAAGACAACAGCCCCUAUCUUAUGCUGGCGUGGUAAUGGUCGCUGAGAAUUGACUAAAUGCUGGCACUUGUUGAUCAGUUGUCACACACUAUCUGUUGUCUUUUCAGCUGCUGUUCAAUCUGGAAGCAGUAAACUGUAACAAUUUGUUCAAAUUCAUGCUUUCAUAAAAAGAAUCACAACUUGUAACGCAGCAGUAGAAGAUUACAACAGCAUUUGAGCCUCCCAUCCACAACUCAGAGUCAGAAGGAAACGACUGCUAUAUCCAUACGGUCGCUUGCUCCAGUCAGGAGGAAUUAGGGUGCUAUGAAUACAAUUUGUGACUUUCUCACUCAAAUACUGUAACUACACUCAAACCAGCAAAAGAUGUCGCUUUGAUUAUUUCUCAGAAGUAAGGAAUUAUUUAAGUUAUUGACCUGACCAAUCUGAGCAUGCCUGAUAGAAAUCUACCUACAUGUAUUUCUAUACCUGUGUUUUCCUACUGCAAUAAGAUUUUUAAUGCACAUUCAACUUUACUGACUCUUUCUGUUGUUUGAGUAUGCGACUGUGUCACCUCUAUGCAUGCACCACUGCUGAUGUAUACACUCCUGCUGUCUUUGUGACCUGUUUAGCAGACUCAGUAUUGAAAUGGAUAAGUCAUAUUUCUUGUGAUUGUCAGUACUGCUCUGUGUAGUUGUAUAAGACAAAGGUGUCAAAGCGUCAUGUUUACAUUCUGAUUUUUAUAAAGGCUUUCUGGAGAGGUGUGGCUGUAGGGCUCAUCACAAAAAGUGUCGAUGAAGCAUUUAUGUAAGACUUAUAUAACAUAUUGUGGGCAGUGGGAGGCAGAGAAAGAGCAAGACAGAGAGAGAGAGAGAGAAAGAGAGAGAGAGAGAGUGUGUGUGUGAACCACAGAGAGACGAGUGCAUUGUAUAAAGUCUGUACAUGAGUCACUGAUACCUACUUCCACUAACUGCACACACUCACUACCAUAAAUAAAUAAAGUGAACAGGAGAGUAUGGACAAUUACUCCGAGUCAUUAGAGUGAGUGAACUGUUAUUUCUCGAAUAAGUAAAUGCUCAUUAUAUCUUCUGUCAACUGUACUCAGAUAUUUUCAUUUGUAAAGUCUCUGUGAUCUUGUGCCAUUCAUUUGAUAAUUUCUCUGGCUACGAUUCCCGUUUAUUAAUUAAAGAUUUGAAUCAAUUACUUAACGUAUCUUUUUUUUCUUUUUGGGGGUCUGGCAGAAGACUUGACACGGUUUCAUAUUUGGAGAUAAUAAUAGAUAUCUUUAAGACAAAGCCGUUCAUUAGUGUGUUAAAAAGUCAGAAAAGCUAAGACAAGCUGAAGCACAAAUGCUUAGAAGUCCCUGCCUCUACAUCAUGAACCCUGUGAGGCUACAUAGAUCUGAGUGAGCAGUGAGAGCAGAAUGUAGAGAGGACUCCCACUGCCUGCUGCAGCCCUGCUGCUGAUGUGUCUAUUAAUGCUCCAUGCGUGGGAGAAGGGGUCGACUCCCAGCAUUCGCAAUAGCAAGCAGGGACGUAACAAGCAAACCUUCAUCUCACAUUUUCUCAGAGCCAUAUGCACCAGAGGGUAGAUGCCUGGACUGUAACUAUCACAACACGUAAUCCUAAUUUUUUUUUAUCAUCACUACUCUCAUAAUUCAAAGGAUUCUGAACUGUGGGCAUUGUUUCCCAUGUGUAUCUCCUUAAAAGUAGCUCCUUCAGCCUUGCAUGUGCUGCAAGCUGCAGUUUGUGAUUUCUUGUCUUUUUGUCACUGUGGAAGCGUGUGGUUACAGCCUAAAGAACCAAUAAAAUGAUUUAAGUUUACUUAAACUGUUUACUUGUACUUAAUUAGGGUUCGGACCCACAUAUAUUAUUAAUCCUACACGCACACAUACACAUACACAGGUGUUUUUGCAUCACAGCUAUUUGAUGUUUUUCUUUUUUUCUGUCCUAAUAGUGUCUGGGAUUACUUGGUAAUUUAUCUCUAUUACAUACUCCACACUGGUGUCGUGGGGAUGUGUAGGUAGUUACGAGUGGGCGCACAGGGCAGAGGAAGAGGCAGAAAGAUGAGAUACAUGCAGGGCUGUGAGAGGAGUUUUUUAUAUCACAGGCUGUAGGCGUGUUGGCAGGUCUGCAGUGGAGUCUUUUUGACCGGUUUUAUGAAUAUUGACAGACCUUUUGUUGGGAGUGCUUUGGCUGAAUGUGAAUGGUCUUCUGGCGUUGGAGGGUGAAGGCGUCUGUUGGUGGGUUUUUGGUAGGCUUAUAGGAAGGUAGACAGUAACUAUGUCAUACGUCACGGUGCCAGGAGCACCUCCGUUCCUCUACUGCUGCCAUGGCAACUGUGCUACCUCCCUGCUUCUUUAAGUGCUCUGUGAGGAGGAAGAACCUAUCUGACAACACACAGCAGUCAGGACACAGCAGACACACAAGAGGGCUAUGGAAAACCUUCAGAGUCAUACAAGGUUAUCUUUUAUGUUUGGGCGCUCUCUGAAGCCCUGGAGCGGAAAUAUACUUCACAUGAUGGAGUAGAAAAACACAAAACAGAGAGUUGAAGUUUUUAUUCAAGUGUCAUGGUAAAGUGUGUACAGAUCAAAUCCAAACCACACAAAAAAAGUUCAACUUAGUAUGUAAAAUGAUAAAAAAAAAAAAAAAAACUGAAACAACAGAAAAGGAAAAGAAAAAAUUUCCAUGGCAACCCAAGAUCCCUAUUUUAGUAUUUCAUUAAGUGCAGCGGCUCUGUAUUGAAGUAGUAGAUGUUGUAGCUGACUUUUGUUUAAAAAAAAAAAGACAAAAUGACGUAAAAGUCAUACAAAAAUAUAAAUAAGAGAUCAAUUAUUUGUAGCAGAAACACACAUUUUUAGUCAGUAAUUUUGAAUUUAUUCACAUUUAUUAUGAAAAGGGAAAAAAAAUCACCAAACAAAUAAAAGCAAAAACACACAGGGAUAUUUUGUUUCUCAAGUUGUAAUAAAAUAACAUAAUUACCAACAACUAAAAAAACAUCAAUAGAAGUAAAAAUCAAAUCCUCAUUACAAGACAUUUUAUUAUACAUAACAACACUACUGUAACAACCGUGAGCUCAGUGCAAAGCAGCUGUUAACUCACCCUCUAGGUGUCCCACACACCUCCAGCUCAGCUCGUCCUCUGUCUUCUGCCAGAUUUCCUGCUCUGGUGUCCUCCUGAAACUUUUCAGCCAGAAUCGUUUAGUGAAGACGGACAGGGGUGUCAAAAUGUCCUGCACUCUUUCCUGUCCUCUGGUUUCCCCUGCAUCACUUUCCCCUCUCGCUAUCUCGGUCCGUCUCCAUCUUCACAUCUUGACGUCUCGCCUGCUCUUCUGCUCUCCUGCUCUCCGAGUUGCUGUGUGGGGUUUAUACAUUAGCGGUGCUGCGUGCCUUGGUGACAGCAUCGCUCUGUGUGUAUGUGUGUGUGUGUGUGUGUGUGUUAGCUGAUAUGUGCAUGUGUAGGAUGAAUUGUCGUCUCCCUCCUAUGCGUCACACACACAGACAAACUUGCUCUCACAGAGGGGGCGGCUGUUGUGUAAGAACUGAAGGCGCCGUAGGAGUCCAGAGUGAAUUAGAUCUGGGCUUUCUCUCUUAUCCACUUCACAGAGUGGGUGUUAUGGCAUAGUGGAGAACUGCUGCACUGUGUGUUUGCAUGAAUGUGCGUGUGUCGGUGUGUGAGUCUGUGUGUCAGGGGGGGAACAAAAGUAGAAACCACAUUUUUAUGGGUCAUACAUAGACCCUCAUUGCUCCUUCAGAGAUUUAAGCUUUCUUUUGUGUUUUUCUGUGAGUGCGCUUCCACUGCUGUGAGGAAUGACUGUGAAGCAUGUAGGAGUAGGAGCUCCUUUUCAAAGGAACUUGACUCGAUGUCAGCUCCCAACAUUUAGGUCUCUUCUCUUACAUUCUCCUGCCUGAGGUAGACAUUAUGUGAGCGACAGAAUGGGCAUUAUGUAAAUCUUAAAUGAAUGCCUGUAUUGCUCAUAUCUAACAGGAAAGAUGCACAACGUAAGCAUAUUUCCUAAAGGAAUUGGGGCUUAUACACAUACCUAAUAUUAAGAUGAAAGUCUGAGCUUCUAUGUACUAACCAAUAUAGAAGUUUUUUAAUAUACUCUUUCUUCUUCUUCUUGAUUUAUCUCAAACUUUAAGCACAAAAAAGAUAAACAACUAGAAACAAAAACACGAACAAAAUAAUACAUAUGUACACCAAACAACUGUACAUGUCAAAGAUAAAUUUACACAACAUACAUAUGUAUGUCAAAAACAAACAGUUUGAGAAGGAACAGACUGAAGCAAAGAGCUUAUCUCAUCCUGCCCCUUCCCUGCAAGUUAGAGAUUAAAAAACAAACAAAUCUAAUUGUAUAAAUUACAAAGAUCUGUUUAAAUACCUACAUAAUAUACACAAAGAUAUCUGCUCAACACUACAUAGGUUACUUAUUAUAAUUAUUUGCAUAUUAUAAUAAUAAUAAGUGUUAUAAUAUUCAGAACUAAUAUUACUCCUAUGCAAUCAGGUAUAUUUAGUAUAAAAACAUAUUUUUGUUGGUUUACUUAUGUGAAUCUUUGAAUACUUCUCUAUAGCGUGAUUUAAAUAUUUUUAUGUUAUUGGACAUUUUUAAAGUGACAUCCAGGCUGUUCCAGGCUGCACAUACUUUCAGAGUGGUAUGGACGGUUGGACAAAUAAAUUUAUGUUUACCCCUUAGAUUAUAGCCCCCCUCUCUGGUUUUGAACAUCUUUUGUAGGUUACCAGGUAACUUACUUCAUGUUAUUUUGUAAAGCACUUGAGCUGUUUUAAAACUAUGUCAUUAAAUUUUAACUAUUUUAAAUUUUAAAAACAGAGGCUGGUGUGAUCUCUGUAUCCAGCGUACCCCUUCAUCGUAAUUCAACUCAAUCACAUUCAAUCACUUAUCCCUGAUCUCUCAUCUCAUCUUCUGGUCUGUGAGUAGCUGGACCAGAUUAGGCUCCAGUCUGUCUGAGGACAUAAUCUCAGAUUACAGAGUAUAGAGCAGACAGCUGGGUUAGUAUCUACAGCAGAGUGUAUGAAUGUAUAGGAUGGAAGGAUUUUUGAUUUAGUCUAGCUGCUAACCAACAAAAUUGUCCUGAUAUAUUCUAAAACAUUAAACAUGCUCAUAAUUAGAUGUAAGAUUAAAGUCACGCCACAUAUCUUUAAGGAGUACAGAGUUUCCCUUCACUUUAAAGCAAAAGCUUGUGUCUGUUUUAUGUGACUGUUGGGGUAAUCUCAUGCUUUUCCCGCGUUCCCGCAGCCCAGCCAUGACAAAACACUGGGAGGCUGAGCUGGAGGCACUAAAGGGGAACAAUGCCAAGCUAACAGCAGCUCUGCUGGAGUCCACAGCCAACGUUAAACAGUGGAAACAGCAACUGGCCGCCUACCAGGAAGAGGCCGAGAGAUUACACAAACGGGUGAGCCAUGGGGUGAAAAUACGCUUGCAUGUUUUUCUGUGUGAUUGAUUCAUGCAAAACAAACAGGAGAGAUCAUUAGGAGGGAUUGUGUGAAGUCAAGAUUAGAGGAUGGAACAGAAACACAGGGAGGAGAGAUGAGUGAUGGCAUGAAAGAGAGAAAUGAAGAGGAGGUCUGGAGGUGACGAUAGGUUAAAAUGGGGUCUUGAUUUUUUUUGUACGUCUAGGUGACUGAGCUUGAGUGCCAGAGCAACCAGACUCCUGUGAUCAAAUCCCAGAAGACUGAACUCAACCAAACCAUAGAGGAACUGGAGAAUACACUAAGAGAUAAAGAAGAGGUGAGUUUGUGUCCUUGGAUAGUUUUUAAUGGCGCUUGAUCAACAUCUGAUUCAUGUUUUAAUCUGUUUUCUGUCCUGAAGGAAAUGGAAAAGUUGAAAGAAGAACUUGAAAACAUGAAUGACUUGAUGGAGCAGAAAGACACCCUUACCCAGAAACUUGAGGUGAAAAAGAUGAAGUGUUUAAAACAUAUGAUAUGAUUGUUUCACAAAGUAUUAUGAAUAUGAACUAACUGACAUUUAUGCGCCAUGUGUUUUAGGAGACAGAGUUACGCGGUCGGGUGCUGGAGGAGCAGCUGGCAGGAGCCGAGCAGCGGCUGGAGGAGAACCAAGAGGAGCAGGAAAAUUUCAGGAAGAGCCUGCGGACACUGCUGGAGCUCCUGGAUGGCAAGAUCUUUGAGCUGACGGAGCUCAGAGACACCCUGGCACGGCUCAUAGAAGAGGCCAGCUAGAGUCUGAACCCCCUGAACCCCACAGACAGAGCCAUAUGAUAAUUUACAACCUUAUGCCCUCAAAUCUACCACUCCUAUCCCACUCCACUUUUACGCAUUUAUCCCUAAAUUUACAACACUACAAUACACUGCCCCUCCUCUGAUUUUGCUCAAAAAGGGCAGCUAACCCCUCUUUUAUACCUUGCAGGCAUCAAGCUCCAACCAACUGCAAGCACUCCUGUAGUUCAAGACAACACAGGGACUACCUCAUCUUGCCUUCUGAUUGGCUGGUGUAGGCGUAACCUUGGUUGAAUUGAUCCCUCUCAGUUGUUAAGAUGCCAAUGCAAGUGAACCCCCAAGACCCCCCCUUCAACCCGCCCACACACUCACAGAUAUAACUUGAGAACUGUGCCUCAGUGCCAUCUGCUGUUUGACUCGGAGAACUGCAGCACAGCUUGCUGCAUCGCAACAUCACACACUAACACUCCUUUUUCUGCCUCUCUAAACUGCCCCCCCAAGGGGAUUGUUGAAAGUCAUGAGGAAAUAAAUGCUGUUAAGACUCAGAGAACUGCGCCAAAGCUGCCAAAUCCCCCUUCAAUAUUGUCCUCUGACUAACAGAUGCUUUGAUCCAAAGUGACUUACUGUACAGAAGAAGCUCUUAACAGAAAAACAGAGUCCCGUGUGUGAGCUGGGGGCUGCCGGCGGAGUGUCACUUGAAACAGAGAAUGAAAAGACAGCUCUCAACAAACCCAUUAGUCUUACCUGUUGGCCUGUGGUGACCUAAACGCUGCUCCUUAGCCUGAACACACAGUACCCCCUGGGAAAUAAGGUUUAUGUUUCUUCAUCUUUGGAAAUCAAUGACUACUACACUACAUAAGCAGCCAAUUUGAAGCCCUGUGAGAUAGACGAUUAUUGAAUCUUCCAAAGGCAUCGCUCAUGCCACACUGAAAUUUUAGAUUUGACUUGAGACAUCCUGUAUCCAGACUGCUUCCACCGUCUCUGACAGCUGACCUGUCUUCCUGCCAAACUCAGUGUGGUGUGUGUUCCCCUAACAAGGCCUGGCCUAGCGUGUGCUUUCGAAGCACGCAUGUAUGGACACAUGUUUGUAUAUAAUGUGUGUGUGUGUUUUGUGCUGUGAGAGAAAGACCCUGUUAUUGGACACGCGCGCGCACACACACACACACACUGAGCAAUACCAGACAGGCUCUAUGACACCUCUAUGUAACUCUAUCAGGUACUCUACUCAGUGGACUCAUGCAGAUAGGUCAAACGCAAACCCAGCUCAUCCCCCACCCCUCUUGUCAAACAGAGAGUGUACCGCUGUUGACCGCAAACCUGUGUGGCAGCCCUGAUUGGACAAAGUAGUGCAUCAUGAAGGGCUUGUAGAGCGUCAUCUUAGUCUCCGUAGAUCUCCACCCUCAGUGAAACUGGCCGCAGAUUUUCACUCCUCACGGGUGAACGCAGAACUGUACUCAGUUUCUAUUCUUUUUUUUACACAGGCUAUAACACUAAUGAUAUAAUAACAGAACUGUACAGGACUACUUUCUACUCAUAACGCCAAUUGUAAGUGGACAGAUGGAAUACUCAAAUGCAGUAACACCCUGCAGUGGCUUAUUGUCGUGUAUUAACCAUGGAAGAGUGUUACAUAGUCAUUAUAGAAUAUGUAGUCUGUAGGUAAACAAUGAAAACCUCUUCAAUAUAUAUUUAAAAUGCGUAACAACACAAUGUAAACACUUAAGUGUUAAACAUCCUGUAUCAAAGCAUACACUUAUUAAACAGCCCCCCUUUUUUCCAGUAAAAACAGAAACUGUAUCUUUAAAUCUCUUCCUCCAAAAUCACUUUAUUACUCUAAAUUUCCUCAUGUGAAAUGCUGCUUACAUAACCUUUCUAUUGAGCACCCUGUUUGCACUGUGUUAUUACACCAUUGUGACUACAUUAUAUACAUAUAUAUAUAUAUAUAAAGAGAUUUGCAUUCAGUACUAGCACAGCAUAAUUCUGUACUUUUGUAGUUAGUUGUACAGGUUAAUACACUGGAAUAAGACCCUUGUCAAGGGAAAAGUUACCCUUUUUUUGUUUACUGGUUUAACUUUGACAGUCCAACGACAGAUGGAAGACCUUAAUAUUCAUGCUAUUGUUAAUGAAUGCCUUUGUACAGUAGUGGAUAAGAAGCUUUUCAUUCUCCUGUUUUGUAACUUAUGGUAUUUAAAUGUAGGUAUUAUUGUAUUUAGAGGUAUGAGAAGACUGGCAAUAUUUUUGACUAUUUAAAGUAAUUUUGAACUCAUGAUAUUAAAGAGGUACCUCAGGCUAAGAUGUGUGAAGAUUGGUGAUAGUUGUGUGUUUGCUGGUGAGAGGAUUUACCAAAUGUUGGUUUUAAAAACAAAAAAAAAGGAAAAAAAAUCAGGAGACACACCUGUUGGUGCUGCAGCCAAACUGAAUCCUUUGUUGAAUUCAAACAAAGACAGCCCCAGCAGGCUGAAAACACACAUAUGUGAACUAAGAAAUGUUAUGUUUUAUAUUCAAAUACAGUGAGCGCAAAAUUCAGUGUGUGCAAUUUGUUUUUGUUCUGAUUUGCUUUUUCUUUUUUUUUUUUUCUUAAAAUAACACGUGGGCUAAAAUCUGAGUAAAACCAUCCGAGAAGCUGCUUCACAAGGUUUUAUUCAAAUGCAGGGGCAAAAAUGUAAUUUAAAACAAAUCUAAAUAAAUGAAAGUGGAAGGACUAAAGACAAAACUGUAUUCCUGGAACAGUGUGUCGAUACACCAUUGUGUAAAAACAACUGCAACAUAUUUUAAGUACUUCGUUUCAGGCCAUAAAUUUGAACUUUUUACCCAUUAACUUUUCAUUUUCUCACUUUACAUUUCUUUCUUUUCUUUUUUCUUCACUGAUAUUGCACUUCUCAGGUGACUUGCUAAUUCAGACAACAGGGCAUCAAGUCAGCCUUUGUGCAUCACAGUCCACAUGGUAAAAUGUUUCGAAGUAUAUACAUCACAAAAUGAUUUGGCAAGAAAUGCUUUGGAGAAAAACAGGAAAUGAGGCAAUAAAAAUGUAAAAACCAACUAUGAACCUUUGUUAAGGUUAAAUACAGGUAAAGAACAGUGUUCACACAGAACAGUGUAUUUCUACGCUCAGUCAGGUGUCAGUUAUGUGAUUCGUGGCAAAGGAGUGAGAUCUUGGAUCUAGUUUUGUUGGUCAUUUUUGCUGUAGAAAAGCUUCAACUUGAGCUGUGAGAUUUUUUGGGAAUCUGGUCUCCUAGCUGGUUUCAACAACAGUGCGUCAGGUAAGCUCUGGAUCAGGUUUGAGAUAAGAGUAAGACUGGGUUUGAUCUCUGCUACAUGAUGAGGGUACCACAGGAAAAAACAUUGUGCUGACAGGAGACACAAACGUGCCUCAGGUUUGCUUUACAAGGAAACAAUAAACAGUUUUAAGCACUGAGCUUGCUUCAAGCUGUUCUUGAUACUCAGUGUCCUCACUGCUUCAUCAGCAGGUGGCUUUUAACACAAGCACAAAAAAAUCAAGUUUUAGAUUACAUGCCAAAGCUAUCCCAGAAUCUCCAGAUUUUUUUGUCCUUGUUUGCAAAAUCAAGUCAUCCCACUGCUCCACCCAUCAUGACUUAGUAGGUCCAAAACCACUUUGCUCAGUGCUUCAAACUUUCUCAUCUACAGCUGAUAUAAUCUUUAAUAAGUGACUGAAAAACAAAAUAGAAAGCUCUGUACACAUGGUGCUUUAGAAUUUAUACAAUGUACCAUUAAAAGUGCUAAAACCACUUCUAAAAUAAUGGAAAAAACAAACAAACAAAUGAGAUGAAGUUGUGGACUUACUUUGACACUCAUCCUACCAAAUUGGCUAAGUUUAGGGCAAAUCCAUGUGCGCAUAAGCGUGUUUCCACUCAUAACAUUGUGAGUAACAGACCUCCUACUGUGUGCCUCCGCCCACUAAGUGCAGAGAAAGAAACCAGGCUGGAGGAGAGGAGAAAACGUGAAAAGAAUAUCAUGAGAAACAGCAUCAACCACGGCCGCCCGCUCGGCAGCCCACAGUGAGUCCAUGCGGCGCUGAGAGCAUCUAACCUCCCACUGAACAUCCAUCACUCAAACAGGCGUGACCAGCUUCACAUCGCCGUGACUAUCCCACAUAUCAAUGUUCGUAAUCACCCACCAUGUGAGCCCACACUUGACAUCGGGUCCUGGCACUCACCAUGACCCCCACCUCUCUAAAGAAACUUUCAUCUUUUCCCCCUCCUCUCAUGGGAGACGCGCAUUAUCUAAGGAGAAGAUGUUUGCUGUGGAAACAAAUGAUAAACUUCUUGUGACUCCUUACGUCUCCCAACAGCCUUGGCCGUAUGCUUCAGCUAACAGAUGGGUGGAUACAUAUUUCCUUUCCCAGGGACAGGGGUGAGAGUUGCUGAGGGCGAGGGAGAAAAAGAGUGGGGAAGGAGCAGGGACCUGGUGUUACAGACUAUUGUACAGUGUCAGAUACCAGUGGUGAUACUGUACGACACAAAUUGUUGUUACAGGUAAAGAUUGUUGUGUCUGAUUGUUUGUGAGGCAUCACACACCUGACUUCCCUCAUGAGGUUUUCAGUGUCACACACUACUGUCAGUGUCAAAUCUGUUAUGUUUCUUUUCUUGAAUACACAAAGGGCCAGUGCAAAGAGAAAGAAAAACAAAUGUGGCAUCAUAACAAUCUGAGAACAUGAAUAAAAACCACAGUAAAAUGGCAAAAAUGUCCUUUUUAUGACAAUGUCCUUUAUGAAUGCAGUGUGAAACACAAACACACGGGUCAGACCUUUGGAGCAUUUGGUGAGUUUGGUGAUAUUCAGACUGAUUUAGGCUUAGUUCAAGCCACAAGAUACAUGUGUGACUGAGCUGUUUGUACUCGUGAGUGAAGGAUGGAGAUUGAUGUGUGUUAUGCAUGUCAGUGUUCAGUACAGUGCAGGCAUCUGUGCAGGAAGUUUUGUGUCUUCGCCUUGAACCCUAGCUGUCCCAGUCCGGUCCUACUAGCCCGUCGUCGUCAGAGUCAGAGUCGGGCGAGGCUUCUUUGAUUCGGCGGAGCGCCUCGUGGAUACUCCUGGUCAGGGGGUCGGUGGAGGCCGGGAGUUCUCCUUGAUCCUUUAUCUCUUUUCUAGGGACACGCCUGAGUUUGACCCCCUUGCGGAUCUGAGCCAGAAUGCUGUUAGGAUCAUCAUCUCCCUUAGUGGAAGGCAGGGACCGCUGGUCGACCUUCUUCAGGUGGAAGCAGCCUCUUUUCAAUGAGGCCAGCACCUCGUCCAUGGGUGAACUCACUAAAAGAGGAAGAAGAAGAAGACUGUGAUUGGUUUAUGUGUAAGGUAAUUAAACAAAGCCCAUUGUGGUGAUUAAAAAGCCGUGCUACCUCUCCUGCUGUGGGAGUCAAACUCUGGAGUCUUCCUCAGCUUUUUCCGGGCGCUGACCAAUUGACUGCUGUCAAAGAAGCGAGGGAUAAACGGGCCAAGUGGGGAAAGAGAGAG